AUGGAGAUAAAAACCCUUGGUGAAAACAGAGGUAUUACACGACAUCUAACAUAUGCUGAAGCAAGUGCACCAAGACACAGGUAUCUCUUCCAAGUCGAUGUCAAUUAUGAAUUUUUUUCGUCAAUGAUAUCUUCGAAUGUAUCGCAGUCGAAGCUAGUCGCUUCGCGUAUUAUCAUAAGCGUCCAACUAUUUUACCGCGUGAGAUCCAAAUGUGUAGGACUCAUUUUGUGA